GCGCAGUCUGCCGGCCGUGCGCGUCAGCGCAAACAGCUGUCGUCCGUGUGUCGUCCGUGUGUCAAAGCUUGGCAGGGGGUUAGCCGAGUUCUGCUCCGGUGUUUGCGGUGCGCGUCCCAGCGGCGUCCAACCAGGCCGAUAAACCGCGACACCCGGUAUACGCGUGAAGGGAGCAGAGGCGCGCGAAUAAAGUCGAGGGUUGCGGGCACGCGUGCGAUGGUCGGACAGACAAAGGGGAGGGCGAUAGAGAAAGGGCUAACAGUGGUGGAUCGUGGAGAGCCCCGGAGGCAAAUGGAGGGAGGGCGGCGGUAAAAGUCAAAGAAUAAAAUCCCAAACCGAUAAACCGAAUUAUCGUUAUCCCCCGAGCCCUCCUGGUCACGCGCAUCGAGGGAUGAUUUCCCGUGUGCCUCACUGGAAGAUACCAACUCACGCACCUCGAGAACGUACACGUGAGCGAGAAAAAUUCGAGCCCCUAAUACAGUUUCCUUUCCGGAUCCGCCCCUGAAGGGAGAGAGAAACGGACGAGCGAGGGGAGCCGAGAACGACGGAGAAGCAGCUAUCGGGGGUGGAAAGCGGGAGGGUAGGAUAUCAAACUGGAGGAGGGUGAGAGGAGAGUGAGAGGGGGAAUAGAGAGCGAAAGAGAGAGAGAGAGAGAGGGAGCCGUAGCCGCGUAUCGAUCGGCCAGUAGAAAAUUACCCCCUGAAGGAGACCUCGCAGUGUACGAGACCGACCACGUACGAGUCGGUGGUGCUCUCGUGGUGCUCGCGGCCCACGCGGAUCCCCGCACGCUCUCGUUCUCUGUUCUCCCGCAGUCACGCACUCACGCACGCCGGAGUAAGUCACGUAUCUCUCGCGCACGCACGCACGCACAAGUAUCCGUCGUAUUCCUCGCUAUUCCGUCGUGCUCUGUUCACCGUCGACGCGAUCGUCUCGUCGUUCACGUCGUCCUUCGACGUCGGUGCGAGCAAGCGGAGGGAUCGCACCUGGGGGGUGCAUCCGGUUCGCCGGCCGCCGGAGCUCCGUAUUUGCAGCCAAAGUUGCGGGACGAUUCGAUCUUGCGUGAUCCAGGGAAGCGACGAGACCCGACACAGCAUCAUGGCGUUCGCCGGGCUUAAGAAGCAGAUCAACAAGGCGAAUCAGUAUAUGACGGAGAAGAUGGGCGGAGCGGAGGGAACGAAGCUCGACGUCGACUUCGUGGAUAUGGAGAGGAAAACAGACGUUACCUACGAGCUCGUGGAGGAGCUGCAGAUGAAGACGAAGGAGUUCCUCCAGCCGAAUCCAACGGCGAGAGCGAAGAUGGCUGCGGUCAAGGGCAUCAGCAAGCUCAGCGGCCAGGCGAAGGCCUCGACCUAUCCUCAGCCGGAAGGUGUACUCGGCGAUUGCAUGCUCACCUACGGCAAGAAGAUGGGCGAGGACAGCAUUUUCGCCCAGGCUCUCAUUGAAAUAGGCGAAGCCAUGAAGCAGAUGGCCGACGUGAAAUAUUCGUUAGACGACAACAUCAAGCAGAACUUCCUCGAGCCGCUGCACCAUCUGCAAACCAAGGAUCUCAAAGAAGUGAUGCAUCACCGGAAGAAACUGCAAGGUCGCAGGCUGGAUUUCGAUUGCAAACGAAGACGUCAAGCGAAAGCGACUGGGAAGGUGUCCGUCAGUCCGCAUUUCGGAAGUCCAGCGCGAUCGAGCACCUCGUCGCCAUAUACUGACGACGAGAUCCGUCAGGCCGAGGAGAAGUUCGCGGAAAGCCUUCAUCUGGCGCAGAUGGGCAUGUUCAAUUUGCUGGAAAACGAUAUCGAGCAAGUGGCACAACUGGCGACUUUCAGCGAGGCUCUCCUCGAAUAUCAUCAACAGUGCACCGACAUCCUCAGGGUGUUGACUGAAACGCUUCUGGAAAAGAAAGAGGAGGCGAUGAACAGACCGAAGAUGGAAUUCGUGCCGAAGACGCUCGCGGACCUGCACGUGGAAGGGUUGUCGGCGUCGGACCACAUGAACGGGGCAAGUCGAGCUGGCUCUCCGAUUCAUGCGGACGGGAAGCGCUCGCAGCUCGAGCUAUUUCCGGCCGGAAACCCGCCACAAUCUGCCAAUGCUUCACCCUUGCCCUCACCGAGCAAGUCGCCAGCGAGGACACCGAUGUCAAGAACGCCAUGCUGCACAGCCCUUUACGACUUCGAGGCCGAAAAUCCCGGUGAACUUGGAUUCAAGGAAAACGACACGAUCACCUUGACCCAAAAGCUCGACGAGAAUUGGUUCGAGGGCAGCCUGGACGGCCGCACCGGUUACUUCCCCGUGACCUACGUGCAGGUCGUAGUGCCAUUACCCUAAAACGACGCCGCGCAUCUCGAAGCCAAAGACCCAGCAGCAUUCGUUCACUAGCGUCUACCACGGGAUUAUAUUCUACUCUUCAGCUAGCCUAAAGACACCCGAAACUACUCCCCUAUCGACGACUCUAUCUACCUACUUGUCACUUACCUUACAGCCCUCCGCAGUGUCCCUACGAUGACAACACCCUUCGAUAUCCCCCCCCCCCCCCCCCCAACUCUAAGAAUAGCCUCUAUUACGCAUGUUAAUGUACAUAUAUAAUAUUAUAGUGUCUUUUAUCGACGUAAGGACCUUCGCGCGCGCAGACACACACGAAUACGCAUACCCAGGAAAUAUGUGCAUAGAUACAUAUAGACGUAUUAUACGUAUGCAAAAACACUCGACACAGACACGCGGGCACGUGCCGCUUAUAUCGACAGGACACAUACACGGACAGACAGACACACGCAACACGCAUCCUACACAGGCACACGGACAUAUUAAAAGUACCUAUGAUAUAGCAGUUCACUGUCAAGGGCGGCUCUCUCCUCAUCUUCUUUCAUUUUUACAUUAUUACGUCCCGUCGUGUGCCCAGAUGUAUACCUUCGAAAUCUUUUCACCGCAGUUCGAGUGCACAAAAUGGAAAAAGAGAGAGAGAGAGAGAGAGAGAGAGAGAGAGAGAGAGAGAGAGAGAGAGGUAGCGGAAAAGGAAAGAAGAGGUGAUGCGAGUCACAAGUCAAGCAUAUGCAUGAACCGAUCGAUCAUAUGGCAAAGCGCGAAUUUCUCCGACGUAGUUCCCUCUCUGAGAUUCGAUUAGUCACGCUCGACGCGAGCGUUGUUAUUCAUCUCGUCCCUCGUAAUCAGCCGAAACUCGAAGCGCGUUCGUUUCCUGUUUUCUUGCGAAUUGAAUACUUCAUCCGGGGACAUCGCGCGGCCCCGCGCGCGCACGAUGCUUUCGGAUGGGGUGAGAUUGUUCCAGCAUCUUUGAUUUCUCCCGCUAAACUCUGAACGAGAAGAACGUUUCAGUAGACAGUUAGUCGCGUUGUCGAUCGACGCCGAUCCUAGUGAAAUUUUCUCCUUCUGCUUGUACGAUAGGUGAUAGUGACGAUUAAAAAAAAGAAAGAAGACAUUACAAAUUGCUAAUCGAAGCUAUUUAAUCCAGUUUUAAAGCAACGUCUCGAUCUAACCCCCCCCCCCCCCCCNAGAAGGCUAUAUUGAACUUCCGAGAUGUAAAAUGCGAGAAGAGGGAAGUCGACGUCGCUCUCCAAAUAUCUUACAUAUAUACAUCGCGUUGCAUGUUAAAAAAAGAGUGAAUUCCCGAAUUUUUUCCUUUGAUCCGGUGCAAUUUCCCGUCGUCGCAUGACCGAACGUUAAUGUCGCUGGAGCAAUAUUAUCGAGUUCCGUACUCGCUCCCUCCUGCGUGCGAGCCGCGCAGAAGAGGGAGACUCUUGGCCGCUAAAUCGUGCUGGUUUCUUCAUGGCUCGUUUGUCGUAUAUAAUCAUAAAAAGCGCACGGCUUUCUUCGCGACAUGGUUCGAUCAUAUAUAAAUAUAUCCGAUCGCGACACCGUCACACACAUGUUUUUUUGCGUUGGUCCGCGCGGCGCAGCAAAACUCGUUACUCGUGCAAUGUACUCGUAUGAUGUAAUGUUAUAUAGCGAUUCGUUUCCAUUCCUCAGUCGAUUGACCGUUCUUUCGACCGUACCACCCGUUUAUCCCUUCCUUCGUUCCACGUUCUUUCCCCCUCCCCUUCUCCGUUUCCUUUUUAAUUGUUAGACACGACACUAGCUAGAAAUUAGGAUUUACUUUUAAGCGAACCUCGAAAUGGCGGCGAAUCUCUUCCACGAAGUCAUUCUCGAUAUUUAUCCAGUGACUAUUUUAUUGUAGAUAAUUCCCGGCAUUGUUUCUCGAUGACGACGAUCUCGAUUUAUUUGUUGUCGGAAAAAUUCCGGAACGGUGAAUGCGCGAUGUGCGCUCGUUCGCGCGCGUUUUGAAUACCCGCGAAGCCAGGGGCGCGUCACGAUUGUGCGAGCCACCAGCUCGUGGGCUUGCAUAGAAAUCGGUCGUGACAGAAGUCGAAUGAUAAUACACGGUGUAAAUAUAAGCGGAUUUUUGUUAUACUCUUACCCGAUAGAUAAAAGUGUAAUAAAAUGCUCACAUUUUUCCUGAAUCCUCUGUUGCUGCUGUAACGUCGGAUGUUCCGUGUGCUAUCACUUUGGCUCUUGCCGUGACGGAUUACCGUGCAAACUUGUGAACAGCGGCUCGCAAUCGUAACUAUUUGACGCACUUCCAACUUUAUCGGACAAUGAGCAUACAACCGAGUGCACAGGGUGUUGAAGAAGGAUACGCUACUUUUGGGAGCAAGAAGCGUUUGAUAAAUAUGGGUCGAGACAUCACAGUCCGGAGUUGGAAAUCAUUUUUUGUUUUGAUAGUGAGAGAGCGAUGUUCGUUCUUCCGCUAUCAGAAUGGAGAAACUAGCUUCUAGAGAAAUUUCCAACUCCGAAAAGUCAACUUUUCGACCCAUGUUUAUUAAAGCGCUGUUUGCUCAGUUCAGCGAAUACGAUUCAAAAUCGUAUACCUUCUGUUUAAAAUACCUAUAUAUGAAAUUAAAAUUAGUGUUUAUGUACGAGAAGUUGUAAUUUAUAGAAAGAAAAAGAUAAUUUAUUUUUUUGAUAUUGUAUUAAAAACGGUAUCACACACAUACACACACACACAUGUACACAGUGCUGUAUAUGAAAUUACGAAGAAUUACUUUUUAUAGUUAAAGAAAAGAUGUGAUCUUCAAGGUCCCAUUUUAUCGAAUUUGUGGAGGAACGAGCGAAAUUUUUCCGACACACUUUACAACGCUUGUCGCUUAGCUUCCGUUUGCUAUGUCGAACCUUUUUUUAACGAUUUUUAAAAAUUAUUUAUUCCGAAUACAAACGUCGUUUCCAUUUUUUUAUACACGCCUGACGAAUAACCGACGCAACCGACGCAAUAAUUUCGAUUAGUAUUAUUAGCCCAUCGGCGUAAUAAUAAUAGUAAAGCAAGCGAGAGUAAUACGAGAAUGAGAAACAACAGACUUCCUAUUUGAAUCAGCACCUCGGUAGUAUUUAUACGUUAAGUGUAGUCUAACGUAGGCCCGACGAGUAAUUAUACUUUCGCAGCAUCGGCGAUCAGUUUCGAAACCCGCUCCUUUCUGACUUUGUACGAGAGUUCAACCGCCAGAACAAUGAAAGUAAUUAAGGAACUUGGUUAUUUGUUGCCACGUGGAUUUUAGGUAAAGAAAAAAAAAAGAGAGAAAAAUCUUCGAGCGAUAUAUCUGCUAAGCAUAAUGUAAUGACACUAGAGUAAAUUACUUACACGUAUAUUGUCGAUAAGGGCGACGGCGAACAUGAUGGCGUUCUUUUUUUCAUUGUCAUUGCUCUCGUGUGUUUGUUAUUAUCGUCAUAUCACCGUCAUUGUCACAGUCGUCGAACGGUGGGAUCGCGUCUCCGUGCAUUAAAUUCGCGUGCGAACGUUGUUGUUGAAAACCGGACGGAUUCCUAGAUGACCGUGGGCAUUUUCCGGAUCUCGAGUGAGUUGCGAAAUAUAAUGAAUAAAAAAACUAAGAUUAAGUAUAUACAUAUAUUUAGAAUACAUAGUAUCAUCCUGAUUUCACGAAGCUCUACGACGCUUAUCCGACAUGACUUCGCCCGUUCGUCGUAGAAUUCCUUCCGGUGCGAUAACGUAGACACAAUUCCGAUAGAUCGUAUAGAUAUAAUAUUCUAGGUCAUAGAAUUGGGGGAUUCCUCUUCCUCAAAAAGGGUCACGCAGUUUUCUUAUACGUAACGAGUCGCGAUAGAGGGAAAGAGAGAGAGAGAGAGAGAGAGAGAGAGAGAGAGAGAGAGAAAAGACACGAAUGGCUUAAAAAAGUAGCGAUAAUCUCUCAUAGCUAUUAUAUUCCUUUCGCGUAAUAAGUAACUACGCGUUCUAGGUGAACUCUAGACAAACGCACCGAAAUCGGAGGAUGCCCCGCGGUCCAAAAAAAGAAAAAAGCGCGCGAUACACCGUGACGAAGGCGCUUCCUAAGUUCGAGCAUUAAGUUACUGCAUCGCGAUCGACGUAUACUACACCACCGACUAAUAUAUACCACCGAUAUUAUUAUAUUAUUAUUAUUAUUAUUCUUACUACUACUACUACUAUUACUACUACUAUUAUGAUUAUCACUUGCUACUGUCACCGUCGCCAGUUAAGUCUUUACCAGACAGACAGACGGACGAUGAGUAUGAUAUAUAACGGAGGACAAGCUGCGGAAUGUGGAAAAUACAAAAGCCCGCACGAGUUUCAACCUACCUAUAA